AUGGCUUAUGGCGGCCCGGCCGUGGCUCCGACGGCACCAAUAGGCGGCUCUAAGACAGUAAGGCAGGUCAAAUUGGACAAAGAAUGCGAGCUCAGAGUUGAAGUCGGUCCAGAUUCUCCGCUUCGCCUCCGCGUGCUCAAUGGCACCGCCGAGAUUUUUGGGACGGAAAUUCCGCCGGAGAUUUGGUUGACUUUCCCCCCGAGGCUUAAAUUUGCGGUUUUUACAUGGUAUGGGGCAACAAUUGAAAUGGAUGGUACAACUGAAACUGACUAUACAGCUGAUGAGACUCCCAUGAUCAGCUACGUCAAUGUCCAUGCUGUGCUGGAUGCUCGACGAAAUCGUGCCAAAGCUUCACCCAGUGAUUCUGAUGCUUCUCAGGGACCAAGGGUCAUAGUUGUUGGACCAACAGACUGUGGGAAGAGUACAUUAUCAAGGAUGCUUCUUAGUUGGGCAGCUAAACAGGGUUGGAAGCCUACUUUUGUGGAUUUAGACAUUGGUCAAGGAUCUAUAACUAUACCUGGAUGCAUAGCUGCUACACCAAUCGAGCUACCGAUUGAUCCAGUUGAAGGGAUCCCUCUUGACAUGCCUUUAGUUUACUUUCAUGGCCAUGUGACACCAAGUGGCAAUGUAGAUCUCUACAAGGUGUUGGUCAAGGAGCUUGCUCAGGUUUUGGAGAGGCAGUUUGCUGGGAAUAUUGAAUCAAGAGCUUCUGGCAUGGUGAUUAACACCAUGGGAUGGAUAGAAGGUGUUGGUUAUGAGUUGUUGCUUCAUGCGAUUGAUACAUUCAAUGCCACAGUUGUUCUGGUUUUGGGUCAGGAAAAGCUUUGGAGCAUGCUUAGAGAUGUUUUGAAAAACAAACCUAAUGUAGACGUGGUGAAACUUCAAAAGUCUGGCGGUGUUGUCUCAAGAAAUGCAAAAGUUCGUCAGAAGGCCAGAGCAUACAGAAUACGUGAAUACUUUUAUGGCAUCGCGAAAGAUCUUUCCCCCCAUUCCAACACUGCAAACUUCAGUGAUUUGUGCAUCUACCGAGUCGGUGGGGGCCCAGCGGCCCCACGAUCUGCUCUGCCAGCUGGCGCUGAACCGACUGCUGACCCGACAAGAGUGAUCCCUGUCAAUGUUAACCAAGACUUGCAGCAUCUAGUGCUAGCUGUAUCCUUUGCUAAAGAACCCGAUGAAAUAGUGUCCAGUAAUGUUGCUGGGUUCAUCUGGAUCACUGGCAUUAACUUCGAAAGCAAGACAGUUACGUACCUUGCGCCAUCUGCUGGAAGUCUUCCAGGUAAAUAUUUGAUCGUGGGGAAUCUGACUUGGGUUGAAACUUGA